AUGUCCUCGCCGGUACAUUCUACACAGAAACCCCAAGUCACCGUAAAUCCUGACCCGAAGGACUCCCCCCCUCUCCAAAUCGUCAAAGGUGGGCCCGCCCUUCCAGAUCCUCCCAUUGCUCCUCUCUGCGCUUUUCUGCUUAGGAUCGUCAUCCCCUCCGCAGACUCUUUCAUCAUCUCCACCCUUCCCCUUCACAACUCACCUCAAUCCCGUCAGCCACGCCAUCGACAUCCACCCCCCACGAACCCCCUCCGAAUCCGCCCACCCCUCCUAUCGUCGCGAUCACAGAUCAUCGACUUGGAGGCGCAAACUCUUUUCUCACCCUGGCCUGACGUGCCGUCUUCCGUUGCCUGCCCGAUCAUGGCGCUGGACCUUCAGCCGCCCGACGGUCGCAAACGGGUCAAGGUUUACGAGCUGCGGCAAAAUGACUGGUUCGAUCGUGGCACCGGCUUCUGCACCGGCCACGUCUCCGGAGAAAUCCCGCGGAUAUACGUCGAGUCCGAAGAUGAACCGAAUCGCGUCUUGCUGGAGACAAAAAUCACCAAGGACGAUGGCUAUCAAAAACAGCAAGGUUUGUCGUGUCGCUCACUUGCCGAGGUCAAGCUCCCGCUAGGGAAAGGAUCGAGAGGUGCUGAUACAAUUCCAUCUCCAGAGACGUUGAUCGUCUGGACCGAGUCUGAUGGCACCGACAUGGCGCUAAGUUUUCAAGAGGCGGAGGGUUGCGCGGUGAUCUGGGAUUUUGUCAAUUCAGUGCAACAACAUCUGCUCAGCGUGGCUGCUGCGGACGAUGCCCUCUCGGAUGACCUCGAGAGCUACCAACCAAUUCAGCUGCAGGCCCCAGAGCUGGGCAAUUUGGCCGAUAUUGAGCAAAUUGUGCGCGCCGCCAGCAUGACCCAAGCCGGUCGAGAUGCGCUCUCCAAAUUCAUCAUUCGGGACGAGUACAUUGGCAAGCUGGUUCCCUUGGUGACAAUGGCUGAAGAUCUUGAGAGCUUGAUCGAUCUUCAUCGGCUGUGCAACAUCAUGAAAUCUCUUAUCUUGCUAAACGACAAUACGAUCAUCGAGACCGUGGUUGCCGACCAGAUCAUUCUGGGAGUGGUUGGCGCACUGGAAUGUAAAGCUCACCUUUUCUUCAACGCGUCCUCAUCCGUUGGAAGACCCAUAUGGGAGAAUCAUUGGCUAAAACGGAUCUAUUUGCGCACAGAUGACCCGGAGUUUCCAACUCACAAAGCGAACCACCGACAAUACCUCGCCGACCAGUCCCGCUACAAAGAAGUAGUGCCCAUCAAGGAUCCGCUCAUCCGCAGGAAAAUUCGAAGCACGUGGCGACUGCAGUAUCUGAAAGAUGUCGUUUUGGCGCGAAUUCUCGAUGAUCCGACCUUCUCCGUGCUCAAUUCUCUCAUCUUCUUCAACCAGAUGGAGAUUGUCAAUCACAUCCAGUCCAAUGCCCCCUUCUUGCGAGAGCUCUUCUCCGUCUUCGACCCGAGAUACACCGAUAACAAGCGCAAGGAUGACGCCGUUCAAUUCCUGCACCAAUGCGCCGCAAUUGCGAAAAAUCUCCAGGCCCCGUCACGGGCUCAGCUCUUUGCCAAUUUCAUCAGCCAUGGCUUGUUCGCGGUGAUUGCCUUUGCUGUCAAGCACAACAAGGCUGCGAUGAGGACAACGGGCAUCGACAUCUUGAUGGCAUUGCUUGAUCAUGACCCCGUGAUGAUGCGGGGAUACAUGCUCAAGGCUGUCAACGAGAAGAAAACCCCGCUAACCGAUACGCUGAUCGACCUCCUUCACGCCGAAGCCGAUUUGGGCGUCAAAAAUCAGCUCGCAGACGCAAUCAAGAUUCUACUAGACCCUCAAAUUCCGAUGCAGGAAUCCCUCGGUCGGGCUGGUCCCGACUAUUUCAAACUUCGCUCUUCCAAUCUUCUCUCCGACGCGUUUGUCCAACAACACUUCGAUGAAUCCUCCAAGCGCCUCUUUCAGCCACUCAAGCACCUCGCCAAUCGCUUGUCCUUGAAUGACCUCACGUUCCAAGAGGUCACUCUAUACUCGCAUCUCGUCGAUAUACUCACCUUUUUCGUUCGCCAGCACCUCUUCCGUACACGCAAUGUGAUUCACAGCGAGGCCCUGGCACCCCGAGUGGCCCAGCUCCUGACAGUCCCUCAAAAACACCUCAAGCUGGUGUCCCUCAAAUUUUUCCGUACCUUGAUCAGUCUUCAAGACACCUUCUACCAAGCUCUCAUGACACACAACAACACCUUUGGGCUUAUUCUCGACAUUGUAUACGAGACGAUGCCUCGCGACAACCUCCUCAACUCUGCAUGUCUUGAACUCUUCGAGUUCAUCAAGCGGGAAAACAUCAAGCCGUUCAUCUUGCAUGUGGUGGAGAAAUAUCGCGACAAGCUUGAACAUAUCACCUAUGUUGAUACUUUCCGCAGUUUGAUUCUGCGAUAUGAUCAAAUGCAGGGUUAUGGGGCCGAUGCCGAUGUGACACCGUUCAGCCAAGAUGAGAAUGCGCCUCAAAGGCUGCCUUUGAAUGGUCAGCGUUGGCAGGGUGUGAAGGAGAUGGAUGCUGCUGAAGAAGAAUACUUCAACGCGUCCGACGAUGAGGAUGAGUGGGCACAAGAGAGCCGCGCCACCGUUGCGGAGGCUGCUGUGGCCAACGGCUCGGCGGCACCAGUCGUCAAACCUCUGGUUGACUACCCUGACGAUGACGACGAUGACGAAGACGCCAUGGAUACUAGUAAAAUCGAGGCCGAACUCGUCGCAGAUCAAUUUACCGACACCCAGCCUCUGCCUGCGGAAGAGAAAACGAUUGCGCCAUCAUCAGAAGUAACGACAUCGGAGCCCUCGUCACCUUCCACCCCGACCACUGCUGCCCCGGAACGACUUGCUGAAAAGCGCCGUCGCGAGGAGGAAGACGAGGAUGAGUUGGUCAAACUUGUGGCCGGGCCAAAGCGCAGAAGCUCGACUAGCAGUAACUCAGGGUCAGGGAUGAUCAAUCGAAAGAAGACCCUUUCGAUUGGUUCAAUUGGCUCGGUGGAUAAAGGUGGCGCGCAAGGUGUCUUGGGAACAGUUACCAGCAGUGCGCCUCCUAAGCGAAUCGCCAUCAAUAUCGGCCCCGUCAAAUCCGCAUCACCGGACAGUGUCGCCUGUGAAGAGAUUGUGCCGAACGAAAGCAACGAGAAAGAAAACCAGGAGGAAACGAAGACGGAAGCUACCAGUUGA